CCCCUGCCAUGGCCGCCGGUGUCAGCAUACUGAGUGACCUGCCUUACUCCGUGAGUGGAGUCCGCACUGGAGAGAUCAGCUCAGACAUGGAGACAGCACCGGCCCCCCCCCCUUCCACCUCCCACUGACGACUUUGGAAACGGUCGUCAUGGCGACACUUCAAAUGGUGCUGAUGAACUGAUCAGCAAUAGGUGAUUGUUGAGCGAUGAUUCACCGCGGGCGCGGAGCCGUUGAGCCGGGGGCUUUUGUCGGUGCAGAGAUGCUGGGAGUGCACGGCGCAGCCCACACUGUGAGAUGCAGCAGCAGCAGCAGCAGCAGCAGCAGCACAGAGGACGCCGCUCCUUAGCUGGGGAGCUGAUGGCCAGCGUGAGGUGGCGCAACCGCCGGCACUCGGACAUCCUGCUGAACGUCCUGCAGCGCAGACGCAGCUCUGCCCUGGAGAUCCUCUCCUCCUCCUCCCACAGAGUCAUGGUGGCCCUCAGUGUGAACCAGCCUCAGCCCCACACAGAGCAGAAGACCAGGAGAUGUAACCAAUAAGGAGCAAUUAACUAGCGCUUUGCAUUUAGAACGAUGACUUAAGUGUGGCUUAAAAAACACAACCGACUGUUUUCAGAUACAUUUUCCUCGUGUUUCUUUUUCUUUUUUUUCUUUUUUUUUCCCCAGCCAAUGCAAGGGUCCCUACUGCAAAGUACACCAAGAUGGGGGAGACCCUGAGGCAUGUCAUCCCCGGUCACAUGCAGUGCUCCAUGGCCUGUGGAGGGAAAGCCUGUAAAUAUGAGAACCCCUCUCGCUGGAGUGAUGAGGAGCAAGCUAUCAAGGGACUCUACUCGUCCUGGAUUACUGACAACUUGCUAGCCAUGGCAAGGCCUUCGACUGAAAUCAUAGAGAAAUAUAAUAUAAUUGAACAAUUUCUAAGGUGCGGUUUGAAGACGGUCAUUAACCUACAGCGACCCGGAGAACACGCCAGCUGUGGCAACCCGCUGGAGCAGGAGAGUGGCUUCACUUAUCGACCCGAAACUUUCAUGGAGGCAGGCAUCUAUUACUACAACUUUGGGUGGAAGGACUAUGGCGUGGCGUCUCUGACUACAAUCCUCGACAUGGUGAAAGUCAUGUCAUUUGCUGUGCAAGAGGGAAAAAUGGCUGUUCACUGCCAUGCCGGUCUUGGAAGAACAGGGGUGUUGUUGGCUUGUUACUUAGUAUUCACGACCCGAAUGAGUGCAGACCAGGCCAUCCUGUUUGUGCGAGCCAAAAGACCCAACUCCAUCCAGACCAGGGGCCAGCUGCUGUGCGUCAGGGAGUUUGCCCAGUUCCUGGUUCCUCUGCGCAAUGUGUUCUCCUGCGCGGAACCCAAAGCGAGCGCCGUCACCUUGUCCCAGUAUCUUACCCGGCAGCGCCACCUGCUGCACGGCUACGAGGCUCGCCAGAUGAAGAACGUGCCAAAGAUCGUCCAGCUCGUGUGCAGGCUCCUCAUCGACAUCGCUGCCAACAGGCAGGUGGUGGUGGAGGAGGAGUGGCUGGAGAUCCCCGACCUCACGGCCGAGGUGGAGAAGACCGUGUCCCAGCAGGCUCUCCAGCAGCUCGGUAAGGAGAUGAGGGGGAAAGGAAUCCCCGUUCUACCUUGUUCAUCUCAACCUCUCAGUCCACCAGCACCACAGUCCAGACCGGCUCACGAUCAGCCUCUCGCCAGCGACAAUGAGCUCGACCCUCUGUGGAGGCAGCAGAACGUGGAAAGCCCUCCGAUACCUUUUCCGUCCAACACCCGAAGCCUCAGUGAUUCUGCUCUUUACGCUGCUGUGGAGCGGCAGCGCCAUUUUGAAACCCUGAAGAGAAACAAAUCAAUCAAGUGUCCGACAAGGCGUUCUUUGUCCCACAGCAACCUCACCGCCUGUAACUCUCCCAGAUUUUGUGACCUGUCUCCUCAGGACAUUAUCAGCAGCGUUCAGGAACCUGAAUCUACAGAAGCAAAGCGAGACACCGGAUCCCCUCUUUUAAAAACGCUUCACAAGGGACAGCACAGGUUUUCUUUAGAUCUUUCUGAUCAGGGAAGAAAAUCCCACUGCACCCCCACAUUCCCAGCCUUAUCAACGAAGAGCCAGCUGGUAGCCAGUGAGGAGGAUGUGUCAAUGGAUGGAGGAGGAGAUACCACAGAGGUUCCUUUCAUCACCCUCCAGUCUGAGCUCUCCCCAGAAGGCAGACGUCUGCUGGUGACCAGAGCUUUGGCCAUGGACCUGAUUGACAAGGAUCUCACCUCCAAGGUCUCAGAGUGGCAGACGGAGCUGAACUCCAAAGAGGGGGCGUGGGAGAAGCUGUGCACAGAGAGAGACCCUCUGGUCCUGUCCUGUCUGAUGUGGUCGUGGCUGGAGCAGCUCAAGGAUCCAGUCAUCAGCAGUGACGAUAUGAAAGCUCUUAGCGAGAAGAACGUAAACCCGCAGAACGCCCUCGACUCACUGGAAAAGGGUCACAGGCUCACUUUGCUGUGUAUUCUCGACUGUGCUGCUCAUCUCCUGCCAGUGCCUGAAGAAGUGGAGAAUAGUUUUCUGAACCAAACAAUUAAAGUGUUUACUAAGAUCGACGCUGCCUCAGAGAAGAACGAGUCCUCGUACAUGACACUGAAAGCAAUCCUGACUCCCAUUCUUCAUGAGCUGAGAGACAAAGCCGUGGAGGAGAACGAAGAUUUCUAACCAGUCUGACGAGAGGAUGUGUUACAAACAGGGUUCCGCUCUCAUUUGUGGGCAUUACAGCAUUAAAAGCCAGUUUCUUUGCGGCGGAUACUGCUUAAAAUCUGCCAAACCCUUGUUUUUUUGAAGCUAUUUGACACUACACCAUGUCAUUUGAAGUUUUAACUUUCUGUUUUUCCUUUGAAGCUCUUAAUAGUACUGCCAUUCCCAACGUUAACGUGCCACUGUGGUCGGUUUGAAACAUUUGUCGUCCGUUCUACUGUAAUAAUUGUGAGGGACUAGAUGUCGCUUGUAUGAUCAAACUCGUAGCCGUUAGAAAAUGACUAAGAAAUGUUUUCAUUCUGUUUUUUUUUUGUUGUCUUAUUUAAACGUGUAACUCGGCGUUGAGAGCUGUUGGGAUGGGGUCUUAUUUAAAACCAAAAGAUAUUUUUACACUGUGCAUAUGCUACAACGUGUCUUAUUUAUUCAAACGUUCUAAGUCGCGCCCUUAAAAAAAAAGUUGCUUCGUUCCUCUAGAAUGUUUUUGUGCUUUUCUCGAGUCAAAUGCAAAAUUGUUGGCUGUUGUUAUGGCAAUGCAAACUCGACAGGCGACAGCGCAUUUGCUUUUUUCCAAUCAGUUUUGUGUUCUUAAUAAUUGUGCGUACCAAAAACAUGCUGUUCUGUCAUACAUGUCCAUGCACUUGUGAAACGUCAAUCUGCCUCUUCUGUUGCGUUUAGCACAACGUCGUCUGCCUCAACUGAAAGGGCCUCUGUCUGCACUCUGUGACGUUGCCUCUCCAGUGUGUGUGUGUGUGUGUAUGUUUAUGUAUGUGUGUAUGUGUGUGUGUGGCUGUUGAGAAAAGUAUGGACACCGCCUUUCACCUCGUAUGUCUCAUGUUUGGACAUAAUGUAAUGUAGAUCUCUGGACACAUGCUGAAUGUGGAACACCGAUGGUAAAUACGAUUAUAAUUACAUGAGACAUUUUACUGUGGAGACUUUUCAACAAGCACUAUUUUUUUCAUUGUUACAACUGGCUACUUACAGAAUUAAACACAACUGACUGCA